GUUUCCACUUCCGUCGCGCCAUUUCGUGCCAGUUGAGUUGGUUGAACGUUUUGGAGGGGUUUCGGUUGAGAAUUGUUGUUUGGCUUCUGACUAAAGAUUUCGCUUCUCCGGUGACAUUGCUUAAAGUGUGUCACCCACCAUAAGAGGAGUUUGUCCUGGAUUGAUGACAGGAGUCCAGGGGAGCAGCUGAGGCACUGUGACAACAGACUGCUGUGAUGUCUCGCGCCGGCUCAUCCACUGAGUCGGCGGCCAUCUUGUACCCGCCAGGCUGCCGAGAGAUCACCGAAGACCUGGGGCCUGAUGAGCUCAUCCGUCGGCUCAAGACGCUGGCGCACACGUACCAGUCGAUGGUGCAGGAUGACGGCGCGUACCAGGAGUACCUGCCGCUGGCCAAGCACAUCGCCGACGACUACUUUCGCGAGUACCCGAGCAAGGACGUGCAGCUGCUGGUGGCCUGCUGCAUUGCCGAUGUGCUCCGAGUGUACGCCCCCGAGGCGCCGUACAAGGACCCGGCCCAGGUCAAGACAAUUUUCAUGUUCCUGAUAAAGCAGCUGGCUGGACUGAAGGAUCCAAAGGAUCCUGCUUUCAAGCGCUACUUUUAUCUUCUGGAGAACCUCGCAUACGUCAAAUCUUUCAACAUGUGCCUGGAACUGGAAGACAGCAAUGAAAUCAUAUGCAGUCUUUUCUCCCUGACAUUCAAGAUCGUCAAUGACGAACACUCCGGCAAGGUGAAAAGCUUCAUGCUGGACGUGCUCUGCCCGCUGAUAUACGAGUCUGACGUGGUCUCAAACGAGCUGAUGGACAUCAUCCUGAUGAACGUCGUGGAGCCGGCCAAGUCGACCCGCCGUAACGCCUACCACUUGGCCAAGGAGCUCAUCAUGAAGUGCAGUGACACGCUGGAGCCCUACAUACAAGCAUUCUUCAACCAUGUGCUGAUCUUGGGCAAGGAGGAGAAGAAGCUGGGUAUCUCACGCAAGGUGUACGAUCUGAUCUACGAGCUGAACCACAUCUGCCCGACCGUGCUGCUGGCCGUGGUGCCGCAGCUAGAGUUUAAGCUGAAGUCUACCGAGGAGGACGAGCGGUUCCACGCCGUCAGCUUGCUGGCCCGCAUGUUCUCCGAGCAGGAGUCCAACCUCGCCAUGCACCACCGCCAGCUGUGGCUGGCCUUCCUGGGCAGGUUCAACGACAUCUCCGUGAAGAUCCGCACCAAGUGCGUGCAGUACUCGAUGCACUUCCUGCUGAACCACCCGGAGCUGCGCAGCGACAUCACGGAUACGCUCAAGUUCCGCCAGCACGACUCGGACGAGGCCGUCAGAUACGAGGUGGUGAUGGCCAUCGUAGCCACGGCCAAGCGCGACUUCAGCAUCGUCUCCGAGAGCGAGGCGCUGCUCAACUUCGUCAAGGAGCGCACGCUGGACAAGAAGUUCAAGAUCCGCAAGGAGGCCAUGUGCGGGCUGGCCAUGAUCUACAGAAAGUACCUCAGCAACCCGGACGUGCCGGAGGCGACGCGCACGGCCAUCACCUGGAUCAAGGACAAAAUCCUACACGGCUACUACAUGACCAGCCUGGACGACCGGCUGCUGGUGGAGCGCAUUGUCAACACGUGCCUGGUGCCGUUCACGCUACCGCCCGAGGAGCGCAUGAAGAAGCUCUACUACCUGUUCGCCACGCUCGACGAGAACGCCACCAAGGCCUUCAUCGAAAUGCAGAAGCAGCAACUGGCCGUGCGGAAGACGGUGCAGGAACUGCUGGAGUUGCAUCGGGCGCCGCCGUCCGACGAGCGCGAGAAGGAGAAAGCUCUGCGUAUCAGCUACCUAUCCAAGUUCCUGCCAGACCCCGUCAAGGCGCAGGAGUUCAUCCGCAAGUUCUCGGUGCACCUGGCGCAGGAGGAGGCGCUGCUCCUCCUCAUGGAGACGGUCAUCAACCCGACGGUCUCGUGCCGCGAGAGCGUCGACAGCGUCAACAUGGUGCUGAAGCGACUCGGUCAGCCGGUGAUGACCAACCUCUACUACAACACCAUCAAGCAGCUGCUGGAGCGCGUGUCGUCGGUGAUGAUCGACCACGACGCGCUGCUGGCGCUGGUGCAGAUGGUAGAGGAGGCGGUGCGCGACCCGGGCUCCGCUCAGGACCUGAACAUCGAGCCCGGCGCUGCCGUCGGCCGCGGCCUCCGCCUGCUGUUCGUUAUGUCGUACGUGCAGGCCGCCCAGUUCCUGCACGCCGACAUCCUGGCCGUGCUGCUGGAGAUGCUGCAAACCAACGACGACGUGGUGACGCCCAAAGUGCUGGGCGUGCUGCACUUCGUCGGCAAGUACCGGCCGCUGGCUGCCGAGUUCCCCGAGCUGGCGGACGCGCUGGUGCCCGUCUGCCAGCAGCUGGCCACCACCGGCACACCCAAGCAGGCCAAGCACGCUAUCCGCUGCCUGUACGUCAACGUCACCGAUAACCAGGAGGGCGUGUUCACCGAGAUCCUGGAGAGGCUGAAGGCGCAGCUGGAGCUGGGCCACGAGCACUACCGCACAUCCAUCGUCUCGCUGGGCCACAUCGCCCUCUACCUGUCCGGCAAGUUCCCCAUCCAGAUCAAGAACAUUGUCUCCAGAAAGAUCGUGAAAGACCUGCUCAUGAAGGACCUGACAGACAGCGGCGAGCUGGACGACGAGUGGUGCGAGGAGGACGCCCUGCCCGAGGGCAUCCGCUGCAAGAUCGAGGGCAUGAAGCUGAUGGCGCGCUGGCUGAUCGGGCUCAAGGAUGACGUCAUCUCGGCGCAGAAGACGUUCCGCAUGCUGGUCGCGUUCAUUAUCCACCGCGGCGACCUGCUGGAAGAGGGCAGGGUCAAUAAGCCGGAGGCGGCCUGGCUGCGGUAUGCGGCCGGGGCCGCCAUGCUCAAGAUCUGCGAGCAGAAGGGUGUCGGCGACCAGUUCACCGCCGACCAGUUCUACAGCCUCUCCCUCCUGAUGGCCGACGAGUGCGCGCAGGUGCGGGAGAGGUUCGCGGCCAAGCUGCACAAGGGCCUGAGCCGCGGCAUCCCACACAAGUGCCUGCCGCUCGACUUCAUGGGCAUGUACGCGCUGGCCGGCCAGGAGCCCGACAAGCGACUCAAGUCCAUCGUGCGCAGCUACAUGUCGGCCGACAUCCUGAAGCGCCGUGACGUCAUCAAGAGCCUGCUGCUCACCGGCGGCUCGGAGCGGGCGGCUGACCAGCUGCCUCACAUCAUGCCCGACUACAUGCUGGUGUUUGCCGUGCCGAUCCUGGCGCACGACCCCGACUUCACCUCGUACGAGGACGUCGAAUACCUCACCAAGAUCCGCUCCUGUCUCUGGUUCAUUCUGGAGCCACUGAUCACGAAGAACGACAACUACUGCUUCGGCUUCUACAAGGCUCUGGUGGAGCGGAUGAAAAACCACCUGGACGCCGUUCGGAGCGAGGAAGAGGCAGCAAACCAGAAACUGUGGGCCGUCUGUGACCUGGCCAUGGGGCUGCUGCUCACCAAGACGACCAACUUCGAGAUGCGCGAGUUCCCAUCCGAGCCGCGCAUCCCGCCCAUGUACUUCCGAAAGCCGGCCGACCCCAACUUCGUCAACGGCAAGUUGUACCUGCCGAUCGAGAUGCAGCACCUGGGCAAGCGCGGCGGCAUUAUCUCCAGCACCUACAGCCACUCCAUGAUCAACAAGCGCAUCCAGCUGGCGCAGCAGAUUCGCGCUUCCAAGGCCGACGGGCCCAAGGAGCUGACUGUGAUCGUGCAGGAGGCCGGUGGAGCGGUGUCAGUCCCGGCCGAGGGCGCCGCCGCCGAGUCUGACGAGGAGGCGGCGCCGGCGGCCACCGCCAGCAGCCAGCGGCUGAUCCGCGACCCACCGGCCACCUACAGCCGCCGCGCCACGCACGAGCGCGACCGCAACGACGACUCGGUGGACAGCGCCGGCGGUGCGGACGUCUCGGCUUCGGAGCGCUCCUCCGUCGCCGACAGUCCCUCCAAACAGGAGAAAAUCACCAACUACUUCAAGAAGGCGCCGAAGGGCGCGUCGCCGACCGGCUCGCCAACGCAGCGGUCGAGCCGCGGCCGCGCCGACCAACCGACGGCCGAGGAGGAGGCGGCGCGGACCAAUCAGCGAACGUCGUCGCGGAGCACGCGCACCAGGGGCGCCGAGAAGGCGGCCGAGCAGGAGACCGACUCGGGUUCCAGGCCAGUGAACGGCAGUCAGAAGCAGGGGUCGACUGAGACAGAGGCGGAGCCGACCUCCAGGGCUGGCAAGCGGAAGACCGCGCCGGCCGCCGUCGUCAAGACGGAGCCGGGCGAACCCAGCCGCAAGUCGGCGCGGCACUCCUCACAAGACGACUCGGCGUCGUCGACCAAGAGCACCCGCUCGACGCGCUCGAAGAAGUGAUGUGCGCGUCGCGUGUGCCCCUGUCGCCGGCCGGGCCCCGGCACGCUGCCGCCCGCUGCCAGCUCGCUGCCGAAGCCGCGGGGCUCCGCCGGCACCGACGGCCGGCCCCGCUGCUGCGGCGGCGCUGGCACGCGGCCAUCCAGUUGUGCACACCUUUCCGUGGGAGUAUUUUUAUCGGUGCGAUGAUUGGCAUGGCGUAGCUGUAGAGCCUCCACCCUGUUCUUCGUGCGAGCGAGUUGUGUUACAGCGUACAAACUUUGGAGUUGUUGCUUAAAAUUCUGCGAUCCUGGACGUACGAAACACGGAUUCGGAGACGCA